AUGCCAGAAAAAGUUCUUAUAUCACCCAGUGGUGAGUUCUGUGACGAGAAUGGAAAUGUGGUUCUGUUGAGGGGUGUUAAUUUGGAUCCAUCCGUAAAGUAUCCAGCUUCUCCAUUACAAUCUACUCAUUAUCCAAUUGUUGAUAGCACGUUCUUCGAGAAAGCAUUAGAUGUUAGUUUCCUUAACCAUCCUAUGCCAUUGGAAGAAGUAGAAUUACAUAUCAACAAAAUCAAAUCUCUUGGUUACAAUACUAUCAGGUUCCCAUUUACCUGGGAAAGUAUAGAACACGAAGGGCCAGGGCAAUAUGAUUUCCAGUAUAUGGAUUACGUCAUCAAAUUUCUCAAGAAAAUUAAUGAAAUUGGUGGUAUAUAUGUAUACUUAGACCCUCAUCAAGACGUUUGGUCCCGUUUCUGUGGGGGGUCAGGUGCUCCAAUAUGGACUCUUUAUUGUGCGGGGUUCCAACCAGCCAGAUUCAGAAAUACGGAAGCUGCCAUACUUCAUAACUAUUUUAUCAACAAUCGAGACAUCAACCAACCUAACGAACAAUAUCCAAAAAUGCUGUGGCCAACGAAUUAUUACCGGUUGGCAUGCCAAACUAUGUUCACACUAUUCUUUGGAGGAAAAAUGUUUGCACCCCGUUGUUUGAUUAAUGGUGUUAAUAUUCAAGAUUAUCUUCAAGAUUGUUUUGGCAAUGCAGUUAUGACGUUUUAUACAAGGAUUAGAUCAGUUGCACCUGAGUUAUUUGAAAAUAACUGUAUCAUCGGCCUAGAGUCAUUGAAUGAACCCAAUUGUGGUUAUAUAGGAACUCCCGACUAUCUACUCUUACAAAAAGAUCGUAAGCUAAAAUUAGGAACAACACCUACGGCAUUCCAAAGUUUCCUCUUAGGGGAAGGGAUUGAUACCACCGUGGAUACAUAUACAAUAUCAAUGUUCGGACCCUCAAAAUCUGGAUCCAAGGUAAUUUCCUGCAAGGGGGACAAUGCUUGGUUGAACAAAGAAGAAAGAGAUGUAAUGGAUAAAAAGUUUGGCUGGGUUCGGAAUCAAGAAUGGUUACCUGGUCGAUGCAUAUGGCGCCAGCAUGGGGUUUGGGACCUUUCCUCAGAGGGAGCGCUCCUUAUCAAACCAGAUUAUUUCAGCAAAAAUGAUGUAACAAAUGAAAAUAUCGACGAUCAUUACUUUAUUAAUAACCAUUUUGUGGAAUAUUAUGAAAACUUACACUCAAGGUUUAGAGAAAUCGAUAAGGAGGCACUUUUAUUUCUUCAACCGCCUGUUUUUAAAGAACCACCUAAAAUUAAAGACACAUCUUUGAUUGAUAAUAGGACGGUAUGCGCAUGCCACUUUUAUGAUGGCCUAUCUCUGAUGUUCAAAACUUGGAAUAAGUAUUUCAAUGUCAAUACCUUUGGAAUUGUUCGGAAAAAAUAUUCGAACCCAAUUUUUAGCUUAGUAUUAGGAGAAGGCAAUAUCCGUAAGUGUUUCGAAAGCCAAUUAAAAGAGAUGAAAGAUGAAGUCAAAUUCCUACUGGGUGAUGGUGUUCCAGCUUUUUUUACAGAGAUUGGUAUGCCAUUUGAUAUGGAAGACAAAGCAGCAUAUACCUCGAAUGAUUAUAGCUUACAGAGAGCAGCAAUGGAUAGCCUUGGUUACGCAUUGGAAAAGAACCAUUUCUCUUUCAGUUUAUGGUGCUAUUCUACCGAAAAUUCUCAUAUGUGGGGUGAAGGAUGGAAUAACGAAGAUUUUUCAAUUUGGUCACGGGAUGAUUUGUCAAGUAUCGGGAAGAAUAUUAAUAGGUCGCAAGGUAAAAUUAUAACCCAUGAAUAUAUUAAGAUAGAACCCACUAGUUUGGUCGAUAGAGGACUGUUGGAAAGUGAUUCAAUUGAUCUAGAUGGUUUUAGAGCCACGGAAUCCCUUUUAAGACCCUUUCCAAUUAAAAUUCAUGGACAUUUCCAAUCAGCUGAAUUUCAGUUAGAGAAUUUAACGUAUACACUUCGAAUAUUUGGUAGGAAGACCUCGGAUACCUCAAAAAGUGCGACAUACAUUUUCUUGCCAGCUUACCACUUUCCAUUAAAGUCUUUGCUAGUCACAAGUUCAUCAGGUUCAUUUUCUUACGACCCAAAGUAUCAGGUUCUUACAUGGGUUCAUAAUGCAGGUGAUGGGUAUAUAUUUAUUCAAGCAGCCAAGAGACGGCCUGCUACCCAUAAUGAUACAGAUUCUGGUUGUAUCAUGUGCUAA